AUGUCAUUUAGAGUCCUUGGCAAUACCUUUGACAUAUGUCGGAGCACAGCUUUUGAUGUCACAGAGUAUGUUUUGGAUGCCAUAUGCUUGCUAAUGAGGCAUGUCAUAAAGCUUCCCGAAGAUAAUGAUCUACCACAUAUUGGCCAUCAGUUUGCUAGAAUGGCAGAUUCCCCAGCAUUUUCUCAGUGCUGUGGAGCUCUAGAUGGAUGUCAAGUUCAUUUUAUUUGUGAUGAUGCAGAGCGUCAUGACGAGUACAUCAACAGAAAGUUGUAUUACUCUAUCAACUUGACUGGACUGGUGGACCACACAGCCAAAUUCAUAGAUGUCUGCAUCGGUUUCCCUGGCUCAUGCCAUGAUCUUCGAGUGCUGAGACACAGUGGUUUGUACAGAGCAGGAGUGUACCCCCCACGUGAGCAUUUCAUAAUAGGUGAUGGUGGCUAUGUCUGCCUAAGAAACCCCAUCACCUUAAUUGUGCCUUAUCGCAAUGUGGGGCUAACAGCUGAUCAGCAAAAUUUUAAUUUUCAUCUGUCCAAAGCCCGAUCAGUGGUAGAACGGGCUUUUGGAUUAUUACAAGCAAGAUGGAGAGUUCUUUUCCACAGAGCACUCGAAGUCAAGUUUCAAAAAGCUGUGAAAGUAAUAACAGCAGCCUGUAUCUUGCACAAUAUUUGCAUAGAUUCAGGUGACUUUGUGGACUAUCUCCCUCCACCUAGAAGAAGGCAACAAAUACUGCGUGAUGAGGAGGCUGGAGAGGCAUUCAGAAACAUCAUUUGUCUUGCCCACAAUUUAGGGAGAAGGCAGGCUUUAUUGGAGCGGCAAAGAGACAACUAA